AUGCCGCCGCAGAGCCUCCGAAUCGAUACGGCGCGCGUCACGUGCCGCCGGCCGCGACCAAUCGGCGCGCGGGCCUGCCGACGGGUGAGUAAGGGGAGUGGAGGGGGGGAGACGCGGGGCGGGCGGCUGCGUCCCCCGUCACUCCAGUUCGUGAGUGACGCGAUGAGUGCGUGGACCGAGGACGUGAUCUCCUGGCGCGAGGAGAGGCUCGGCAUCACCGAGCUGCCGGUGCAAAGCACCAACCGUCGAAAGCUGCGCAGCGCGCCGUACAGGCUGCACAGGCCCCAUUUGCCAGUGCCGCAUGUCACUGAGGUUGCACCGGAACCGGUGGGCACGCAUAUAUCGAGGCUGUACCCAGAGCUUCUCGCUUUGAUCUUCGAACGGCUGCCUGUAAGGGACAGAGGCCGGGCGGCACAGGUGUGCCGCGCGUGGAGGGACGCGGCGGACCGUCGUUCCGUCUGGCGAGGCGUAGAAGCCACUCUACAUCUGCGGCGGCCCGCACCGGUGCUCUUUGCGUCGUUGGCUAGGCGCGGAGUAAGGAGACUGCAAGUGCUGUCCCUUAGACGAGGCUUGAGGGACGCCGUCGUAGCGCUGCCAGGCCUCGAGUCCCUAUCGCUGAGUGGCUGCUACAGCGUUACAGAUGCGGCCCUCGCGAGCGCAUUUGCGGCGGAGCUACCUGCGCUGAGGCGUCUGGAUCUCUCCCUCUGCAAGCAGGUCACGGACUCCUCUUUGGGUAGGAUAGCGCAGUCCUUGAAGAACUUGGAGGAGCUCGAGCUGGGCGGAUGCGGCAACGUAACGGACACAGGCCUGCUUCUGAUCGCGUGGGGCUUGCGGAAACUGCGCCUGCUGAACCUGAGAUCGUGCUGGCACGUCACCGACCCGGGUAUAGCGCACCUCUGCGGCGGCGGGGAGGCGAGAGGCACCCCCGAGCUGGAGCAUCUAGGCCUGCAGGACUGCCAGCGGCUGACCGACGAAGCGUUGAAGCACGCCUCGGGCGGACUCCCACAGCUGAAGUCGAUAAAUCUGUCGUUCUGCGUCGCCGUGACGGACGCCGGAUUGAAGCAUCUCGCGCGGCUUCCGCUCUUGGAGGAUAUCAAUUUGAGGUCUUGCGACGGAGUGUCCGACACUGGCGUGGCGCAUUUGGCCGAGAGCGGCCGACUGAGGGCCUUGGACGUGUCGUUUUGCGAGAAGGUCGGCGAUGAGGCACUGCUGCACGCGACUUUAGGCCUAUCCGGGCUGCGCUCGCUAUCGCUGAGCGCCUGCAGAAUAUCCGACGAGGGCCUGGAGAGGGUGGCCAGGCUAACGCAGCUGGAGAUCCUGAACAUAGGGCAAUGCCACCGGAUAACCGACAGGGGUCUGCGAGCGCUGGGCGACGGCUUGCAGAACUUGAAGGCGAUAGAUUUGUAUGGGUGCCCGUGCAUAACACCGCAAGGCUUGGACCACAUCGUGAAACUACCAACGCUCAGUGUGCUUAACCUCGGUCUGUGGCAUGUGCGG